AACUAAUAUUCUCUAGUCUUUACAAGGCCUAUCGUUUGGAGGGAUUGUAGAUUGUUCUUCUAACAAGGCAAUUCAGUCACAAACCAAUUAGCCAUGAAAAUUAUUCCGUUGGCUGUGCAUUUCAUUCUCUUUUACCUUCAACUGUGCUCCUCUGCACAUGGUUCCUUCAACGAUGAGCAGGUUCUCCUUGCCUUCAAGAAGUCCAUAACUUCUGAUACAUACAUACAAUGUGUUAUCAUCUUGGGAUGCCAACACUAACGUCUGCAAUUGGACAGGCAUUUCAUGCAAUAAAUUGAUGAGAGUGUCCUCAAUAAAUCUUGAGAGUUCGGGUUUGGUGGGUCGUAUUUCUCCUCUCCUGGGGAAUCUUUCCUCUUUAGAGGUGUUAGAUCUCUCCAAUAACUCUCUCCAUGGAGUUAUUCCAGAGCUUGGCCAGAAGCUCAGCAAUCUGCAAAAACUGCGUCUGUGGGGGAAUCAGCUUAGUGGACCAAUACCAACAUCUCUAGGAAAUUGUUCCAAACUGGAAAUUCUUGACCUCAGCCUCAACCAUCUCAAUGCCACAGCGCCUCUGCAAUUGGGUAAGUUGAGCUCUCUCCAACGUCUUUUACUGUAUGAUAACUUCCUCACCAGCUCAAGGACUUUGCCCUUUCUCACAGCUCUUAUUAAUUGCUCUUCCCUGAAAACUUUAUACUUGGGUUAUAACCAUCUCGCUGAGGAUUUGUCCCCUUCCAUUGGCAAGCUGUCUACUAAACUCUCUGUAUUGUCCUUGCAACAAAACCUUAUAGGAGGCAGAAUACCUCAAGAAAUUGGUAAUCUCACCAAUAUAAUAUUGAUAAAUUUCACCAGUAAUGCAUUGACUGGAUCCAUUCCAUCUACAUUAGAAAUACUCCAGAACUUGGAAAGAUUGUAUCUGGGCGAAAACAAAUUGCAGGGACAAAUUCCCAGCGAGAUUGGUGCCCUUGGUAAGAGUCUAGGGCUACUUUCUCUCUCAUUUAAUCUACUUAGAGGACAAAUUCCUGAGAUUAUUGGCAAUCUUACUCAGCUAAGGCGCCUUCAACUUGAUAACAACCAAUUUGUUGGGAAAAUACCUGCCGCUCUCGGCAGAUGUUGGUUACUAGAACUAGUUGACCUAUCCCAUAAUAAUCUCACUGGAAGCAUACCACCAGAAUUUGCAGAUCUAAAAAAUUUACAGUUUUACUUCAAUCUGUCUUGGAAUUCACUAAAUGGAAGCUUGCCAGCUGAAGUCUAUAUGGGAAUGGCCCAAGGAAUAGAUCUAUCAGGGAAUCAAUUAUCUGGUGGCAUUCCAAGUAUUAGUAGCGGUAAUCUACAAUAUCUCAACCUCUCUCAUAACAUGUUUGAAGGCCCAGUUCGAGGUUUAGAUUUCUCGAUGCGAACAGCGGAUCUCUCCUACAACAAUUUAUCAGGAGAAAUUCCUCAAACAGUUCCGUUUACAAACCUCACGGCAUCAUCAUUAAGAGGGAACCCUGGACUCUGCGGGACAGGACAAUGGAUAUUUUCAUUCCCAGCAUGUCCAAGUGUAGUAGGGUCACCUCGAGGAUCAUCUGGAGGGUCAUCUGGAGGCCCCUGGCACUUCCAUGUGAAAUUGUUUAAAUACAUUAUUUUUGUUAUCUCCUUUCUAGUCGUAUACUGCUUAUAUGUUUCGUUUUUGUACAAAUAUUUCUUUCCGAAGAAAAAUGUGGAACCAUCAAUAGAAGUUCCACAUCCUAGAAUCUCAUAUAAGGAGCUUAGUACUGCAACUAAUGGAUUUGGCAAGGGCAGCUUGCUAGGAGUUGGUGGGGUUGGCUCUGUAUAUAAAGGAGUUUUGGAUAAUGGAACACUGAUAGCUGUUAAGGCUCUCAAUUUGGAGAAUGAAGGAGCUCAUAAAAGUUUCAGCAUUGAAUGCCAAGUGCUCAGUAAAGCCAAACACCGAAAUAUAAUAAAAGUCAUAACCUCAUGCUCUAAUCUUGACUUCAAAGGUUUGGUUUUUGAGUUCAUGUCUAAUGGAAGCCUGGAAAGGCAUUUGCAUUGUGAUGCUGGCAAGUGUAAUAUUGGGGGUGUCUAUAAAUUGGAUUUACAGACACUAGUACAGAUAGCCUUGGACGUUGCCCAUGGCUUGGCCUAUCUCCAUCAUGAUUGUUCAAUUCAAGUUGUUCACUGUGAUUUGAAGCCCAACAACGUACUUCUGGACUUCUAUAUGGCAGCACAUAUAGCUGAUUUUGGAAACGCCCAUAUACUGCCUAAAAAUUCUAUGCAUUCAUUAUCAUCAUCAACAGUGAAAGGUGCUCCAGGCUACAUUGCCCCUGAGUAUGGAGUUGGUGCAAGGAUUUCACUGAAGCGAGAUGUUUACAGCUACGGAAUUCUGUUAUUGGAGAUGUUAACAGGAAAGAGGCCAACCCACCAGAUGUUUGUUGAUGGACUCAGCUUGCGCAUGUGGGUUAGUAUGGCUUUUCCCGAUAGGAUUUCGGAGGUGGUUGACGAUCACUUGCUCUUGUGCAAUGGAGCUGUUACAGAUGCUACAUGCAAUUGUCUUGUUCAGCUGAUUCGAGUAGCUCUGUUGUGCUCAAAAGAUUUCCCUAAAGAUCGACCAAGUAUGGCAGAAGUUGUGGAGUUGUUGGAAUGUAUUGAGGACAUGUUUGAAGGGAGAACAACAGAUUCUUUAUAUCAUAAUGAUCUCUACCAAAUGGUAAACAGCAAAAGAUGGGCAAGAGAUCUUGCACUGAAGGAUCAGAGUACUUCCACAUUGCAGUCAACUUUCUAAAUUGUGAUGUAAGCUGUUCGCCACCGAAUCAGGGAAAUCGACUUUCAAAUAAUAGUACUAGUUGAAACUGCGGGCUAUUCUGGGGAAGGGGAUACAAAUAUCAAUUAAAAAUUACAGUUUUUUCA